CUUGGUUUUAGAAGUGCAAUUUCAAGCUCUUCAAAACCAUACAAGCUUUCAUUUUCCUCUUCCUCUUCCUCAUCCUCUCUUACAAUAAUAAUAACAAAAAAAAAGUUUAUGUUCCAAAUUGUAGAGUCUUGCCAUUGAAGAUUACUAUAGUUUUGUUGUAAUUGAAAGGAAAAGAAAUGGCAGGAAAUGAUUGGAUAAAUGGAUAUUUGGAGGCAAUUUUAGAUGUGGGAAGUAGUUUAAGGAAAACAAAUGAUGGGAAGUUGAAGGUUGCAAAGUUUGAAGAGAGCAAAGAAAAAGAAAACAAUCCAUUCAGUCCUACAAAGUACUUUGUUGAAGAAGUUAUUAAUAGUUUUGAUGAAUCUGAUCUUCACAGAACUUGGGUCAAGGUGAUAGCAACAAGGAAUACUCGUGAACGGAGUAACAGGCUUGAGAAUAUGUGCUGGCGAAUUUGGCAUCUUGCCCGUAAGAAGAAAAAGAUAGCGUGGGAUGAUGCACAAAGGCUUGCAAAAAGACGGCUGGAGAGAGAGCAAGGGCGUUUUGAUGCUGCAGAGGACCUUUCGGAGCUAUCGGAAGGCGAGAAGGAAAAGGGCGAUGCUUAUGUAUCAGAACCUGUCAAGGAACUUAUCAGAAUUAGCUCAGAUAUGCAGAUUUGGACUGAUGAAGAAAAGCCGAGGCGCCUAUACAUUGUGCUCAUCAGUCUACAUGGGUUGGUGCGUGGAGAAAAUAUGGAACUCGGAAGAGAUUCUGAUACUGGGGGUCAGGUAAAAUAUGUUGUUGAACUUGCUCGAGCUCUGGCAAACACGAAAGGGGUCUAUCGUGUAGAUCUAUUGACAAGACAGAUCACCUCACCUGAGGUAGACUGCAGCUACGGUGAGCCUAUUGAGAUGCUGACAUGCCCGCCUGAUGCAAGUGGCAGUUGUGGAGCCUACAUAGUUCGUCUCCCCUGUGGUCCCCGUGACAGAUACAUACCAAAAGAAUCACUCUGGCCUUACUUGCCAGAAUUUGUUGAUGGGGCCUUAAGCCAUAUUGUCAACAUGGCUCGAGCUCUAGGUGAAGAAGUCAACGGGGGGAAGCCAACUUGGCCAUAUGUGAUUCAUGGCCACUAUGCUGAUGCUGGUGAAGUAGCAUCACGCUUGUCGGGGGCCUUAAAUGUGCCGAUGGUACUAACAGGACACUCACUAGGAAGAAACAAAUUCGAGCAAUUGCUUAAGCAAGGAAGGCUUUCUAAGGAAGACAUAAAUGCAACUUAUAAGAUAAUGAGAAGGAUUGAGGCUGAAGAGUUGGGGUUGGAUACGGCUCAAAUGGUGGCGACUAGUACAAAGCAAGAGAUUGAAGAGCAAUGGGGCUUGUACGACGGAUUUGAUCUCAAGUUGGAGAGGAAACUUAGGGUUAGAAGACGCCGAGGAGUAAGUUGCCUGGGACGAAACAUGCCAAGGAUGUUGGUUAUACCUCCAGGCAUGGAUUUCAGUUAUGUGACAGCGCAAGAUUCAUUGGAAGAUGAUCUAAAGUCAUUAAUUGGCUCUGAUAGAACCCCAAAGAAAAGGAAUCUGCCUCCAAUAUGGUCCGAGAUAAUGAGGUUUUUCACAAAUCCUCAUAAGCCUACUAUACUUGCACUGUCCCGUCCUGAUCCAAAGAAAAACGUCACAACAUUGCUAAAGGCUUUCGGGGAAUGCAAUCGCCUAAGAGAGCUAGCCAACCUGACUCUAAUUCUUGGUAAUCGAGAUGACAUUGAAGAUAUGUCUAACAGUAGCUCAGUUGUUCUUACAACUGUGCUCAAACUCAUUGACCGAUACGAUUUGUAUGGUCAAGUUGCUUAUCCCAAGCAUCACAAGCAAUCUGACGUUCCUGACAUUUAUCGUCUUGCUGCAAAAACUAAGGGAGUUUUCAUCAAUCCAGCUUUGGUGGAACCAUUUGGUCUCACACUUAUAGAGGCAGCUGCUUAUGGUUUACCUAUUGUUGCUACCAAAAAUGGUGGACCAGUGGACAUUAUAAAGGCUCUUAAUAACGGCCUUCUAGUUGACCCUCAUGAUCAAAAAGCUAUCGAAGAUGCACUUCUAAAGCUUGUCGCCGACAAAAACUUGUGGACAGAUUGCCGAAAAAAUGGCUUGAAAAACAUCCACCGCUUUUCUUGGACAGAACAUUGCCGUAACUAUCUCUCCCACAUUGAACACUGCAGGAACCGCCACCCAACUUCACGUCUUGAGAUUGCACCAACUCCUGAAGAGCCAAUGAGCGACUCUCUCAAGGACGUAGAAGAUCUGUCUUUGAGAUUCUCCAUAGAAGGAGAUCUCAAGCUUAAUGGAGAGCUAGAUGCAGCAGCUAGACAAAAGAAACUAAUCGAAGCCAUCACCCAAGCAGCUUCUUCCAAUGGAAAUUCUAGUGUUACUUACAGCCCUGGCAGAAGGCAGAUGCUAUUUGUGAUAGCUGUCGAUUGUUAUGAUUCUGAUGGAAAAAGCACGGAGAUCUUUCAAAACGUUAUCAAGAAUGUAAUGAAAGCUGCAGGUUUAUGCCUGGGGUUGGGCAGGAUAGGCUUUGUAUUGUUGACUGGCUCAAGUUUACAAGAAAUAAUGGAAGCUCUAAGAUGUUGCCCCGUAAAUAUAGAAGAUUUUGAUGCAAUAAUAUGUAAUAGUGGAAGUGAAUUGUACCAUCCAUGGAGGGAUAUGGUAGCUGAUGUGGACUACGAAGCCCACGUGGAGUACAGGUGGCCUGGUGAGAAUGUUAAGUCGACGGUGACUAGGCUAGCCAAGGUAGAAGAUGGACCUGCACAUGAUGUCUUUGAAUAUACUCAGGCAUGUGGUUCGAGGUGCUAUUCUUACAUUAUCAAACCAGGAACCAAGACUAGGAAGGUGGACGACCUCCGUCAAAGGCUACGGAUGAGAGGCUUUCGGUGCAACCUUGUCUAUACACGGGCAGCAUCAAGGUUAAACGUGAUCCCGUUAUUUGCAUCAAGAAAACAAGCUCUAAGGUAUCUUUCAGUCAGGUGGGGGAUUGAUCUAUCCAAGAUAGUUGUUUUUGUGGGAGAAAGAGGGGAUACAGAUUAUGAAGAACUACUGGCAGGCCUCCAUAAGACCCUCAUUAUACGAGGCUCCGUGGAACAUGGAAGUGAGAAGCUACUGCGCAGCAAAGACAGUUUUAAAACAGAAGAUAUAGUCCCCCAAGAAAACCCUAACUUGGGCUUUGUGGAAGAAAGCUAUGAAAUUCAAGAUAUUUGUGUAGCUUUAGAGACUAUAGGGAUCAAGUAAUCUUGAUUGUGGAUGUACUUCUCUUCUUUUUCUUUAACAGUUAUAAGUGCAUACUCUGUUACAGUUAAUGCAAUAUACGGAUGUAUACGAUAUUUCUUCUUCCAA